AUGACAAAGACCCCGAGACACCUGUGCUCCGCCAUCUUCUGCUGCCUGGCAGAGUUCCUCAGGGUGGAGGACCCCAUCCAGGAGAUGGUCACCAUAGCCUUCCUGAUCGAGAUGCUGGGCUGCAACAACAUCAACAAAGAGCUGGACCAUGCCCUGGAAAUCUUCCCCACCUAUCUGAAGAGCCAGUGCCCAGAGAUGCCCAGACUGGUGCUCAGGGGCAUCCUCACGCUCAGCGAGAGGCCAGACAUGGCAAAGAAAUCCCUUGUCCUGCUGCCUGUCAUCAUGGAGCAGCUGGAGCAUGGCGACAUGGUCCUGCCCGUGCUUGUCAACAUGCUCCAGCUCCUGGAGGGAAAGGAGUCCAGCCGCAUCGCCUUGGUGUUGGCUGACAACCUCCGGUGGCUCUUCGACAACGAGUCGGUCACUGUGCGGCAGCUCUCCAUCCAUCUCUUCCGAGACACGAUGGGGCUAGUGGCGGGUGCCAAAAGGAAGAAGAUGAAGGAGGUGGUGUGGGACAGCCUGCUGCCGCUGCUCUUUCACCUGUAUGACGAGGACAAGAGCGUGGCCAAGGCCUCCCAGGAAGCCCUCUGCAGCGCUGGCUGCUUCCUGAAGUGGAGGCAGUUGGUGCAGCUGGUCAAGACUGCGCAGGUAUGGAAGAUCGGCGAGUGCCUACUGGCCAGGAAGAAGAGCAGGGCCAAGGACUACCUGCACCAGAGCCAGCACUACCUGCAGAACCCGGGAGGCCGUCAGGUUCCUAGGGCUCUUGGGAUGGCAGGUGGUUGA